CCUCUUGCCUCUCUUUACCCGCUCUCUUUCUGUCGCCGAGGAAAACGGAGACUAAAUUAUGCCAUCCUUUCUCUUAAUCCUGCUCUCUCUCUCUCCUUCGAACGAAGCCUGACUGGUGCUUAUGACGUCCUCCCCUUGUACACGGUGUUUAAGCGUCAGCACGUGACCUGCUAUGAACUGACCCCGUUGGCCGUGACAAGUGAUAAUAAGUGAUCUUUCUUGUCGACUGUCCAGGCACGUAUGUUAUGUUCGUGCGAGAUCCCAGGCCACCGUACGCGCAGUAGUGCCAGAGACCUCAGAGCAUCAGUGUGUUCUAGGUUAAGACCUUUUUGGCCAUCCUCUCAAAGCCUCUCCUCCACUGCCUCACUGACCGCGACUCGGAGAGAUGAACGCGAGCGUGAACGAGUCGGCGGGGUCCGCGAGCCUCUUCCCCGAGGCGCUUCCCGGCGGCGCCGUCUGCAAAGGCGACCUGUGCAGGGGCAGCUUGUGGCACCCGGGCAUCCAGGACGAUCCGGCCACGAUACCCCGGUACACGCUGCAGGGCUUAUGGUGGCUGGUCUGGCUUGUCGGCGUCGAGUACAUUGCGCUAUGGUGGCAGGGCGCCCGUCUCCCGGACUUCCAUGACAAUAUAAUGUCCCUGGUCCAUGGCACACUCUAUGAGGUUUCCAAGCUUUUCGUUCGUGGGCUUGAAUACGGAGUCUACGUCUGGGUCUGGAACAAGUAUUCGAUUUUCCCGCCACUUGGAAAUUCCUUUUUCGAAAUUCUUUGCGUCAUCGUCCUCGUGGACUUCGGCUUUUACUGGUUUCAUCGAGCUAGUCAUGGUAUGUGUUUUAUCACUAUUGUUAUUAUUUUAUCUGCUCACUAA